AAUCAGCUGUUUGUGAGUCACGUGACAUUUGUUUAUAAACAACAUUUUUAAUAAAUUGCACCAAAAAUACCACAAAAUCCUAGUUAAAUCAUGCAUUUCUGUAAGAUUUAUCUUCCCAGUGAGUACUAUAAAGUAAAGGAGAAUCUCUCCCUGUACGGAUUCUUCGAAGAAACCAAAGAUUACAGCAGUUUUUUCGUGGUAGACAAGAAAAACAGUGGAUCUGAAGAAGUUUCGAAUAUCGGACAGAUUUCCACGAAUUUCAAUCCCAAAUACCCAAAAGCCAAGGAAAAACCAAACGACAGACCAUUCUUUGAGUUCGUUGCUAUCCCAUCGUGUGAAAAUAUUUUGAUCCGGACAGUGGAUUUGCAGAAAAUUCCUGAGAAUAAGUUGGAAGUUGAAUUGAUUCUCUACCAUUCAAAAAACUUCAAUUAUUUAUCAAAAAACGCAUUAGUACAUGCCGGUUCCCAGAAUGAUAUCAUCCGGCUAGCCCAUUAUUUGCAAAUUAGUAACAAUCACAGGGCAAAGUUGUCGGAAUAUCAGUGUUUCAGUCUUAUUUUGAAAGUCUUGUUGUUUCUUGGGAAGCUCUUCAAGCCAAUCUUCCAUAAAAGUGCAGUAGCUUACCAUGCGGAGGAAUGGUAUGAGAACCUGAGGAAGAAUUCAAUGAAAAAUGGCCGUUCUUGGACAAUAGCCUUUGAUGUUGCAGCUGGAUUGGGGAUUCUCAUUUGGUUGCAUCAUCUUGGCAAUCCAGAGGAAUAUCUUCUAGAAUUCGCAUAUACAGUCGUAUACUACUUGCGUGGCCUUCUCACAAGUCUCCGGGGAAGCCCAGCCGGUCUCAAGCUCAACGUGCAGCUAAAUCAUUUCCUCCUCAAGUGUUUCAUUUAUCAUGUUGAUCUGUGGGCAACAUUUUUAGAAAUUGUGUCACCGGCAAUUCACUACCUAUUCCUGCCAUUGUCAAUUCUGGGCCUCUGUGGCUUAUCAUUUCAAUUGGCACUCCUAUCGGAUUUACUUGUGCUAAUUACCCUCCACGCUCACUGCUUCUACAUCUAUGCGGCUGUAUUGUACCGUUUGGAAAUUGUUGGAAUUGGGGCCCUUUGGAGAGUUGUUCUUGGUCGAAGGAAGAACAUCCUGAAAAAUCGCGUUGAAUCAUUUGAUUAUAAAAAUUCCCAACUUUACUUAGCAACGCUCUUCUUUGCCAGUCUAUUGUUCCUUCUGCCCACUGUGUUAGUGUACUACGUGGUCUUUGCUACACUACGAUUUGGCACGUACUGCAUCACAUACAUUUUGCUCAUUAUACGGAGACGUAUUCUUCAUUUGCCUGUGGACACAAUCAUGCGAUGGCUCUUGGGUGUCUACAUUUCACCAGAUAAUGUUGAGGUGAAACUUAUGGACGUCAAUCGUGGUCAAGUGAAUGAUUUUGCAGGAAGCAUAAGUGCGAUAUUUAUCAAACCAUUGCCUUCCUGGCCAAGUAACACCAUGACAGAUGUCCAGAAUGGCGACAGUGUUUAUAGUAUCAAUCAAUUCUUCAUUCGGCUCAUCAAAGGACAGUUGAUGGGAUCAAUUCAGCCAAAGUACUCAACAACAUAGAGAGUAUCAACAGGUGAGAGAAAAAAUAUUAAAACAUUCCCUUUCACCGACACCACGAUGGCACGCGACGAGGUGAGAUAAAAAUAAUUGUAUGUUCUGUAUGAUUACAAACAAUGCUCUUGAUAUACUUCUUCAAACUCUCAUUGUUCGAUAUUAAUUGUGGGUGCGUGCAGCAAUUAAAUGAUUAACGCAGAUAGUGAGAGAGUGAAAUGAACAAUAAAAAAAAAUUUGAUGAUGC